UUCAGACACAAGACAAUUAAUGUGUAGAUACAAAUAAAUGACCGGUAAGAUACACAAUAACGUCCGUACACGAGAUACAACAGUUUCUGACAUUAAAACAAGUAUUUCACAGCUUGGAUUGGUUACAUCAAUGCCGCGAACACACCUCGCCCAAAUCUUGAGAAGUACUCGGGUUGUCAAAUAAUUCUUCUGCUGACCUCUCGACAAACCAUAGGAAAGAGUGGCAAGACAGUGUGAAAAUACCCAUAAUAUGACGUACUGACGAAAAUGCACCGUACUCACAUAAUAACAUAACCCAACACUGUCACUUAAUAGGUAGUAUAUCCCACUAUUGGUUUUAUAAUUCUAUACAAUAAUUUUGGUGAAAACUGACAGUGUGAAAAUAGCCAAAGCUUAACAAUACUGACAUGUUCGUGCCUCAAAUAGUGGUUUUAUAAUUUAAUACAACAAUCUUAGCUGAAGUUGUACGACAGUUUCAAAGUUACGAUAAUACAGCUGCAUCUGCUGGUCACGAUCUUGUUUACAUCCCGGGCCAAGGCGGCGAGAAAGGCGCGCGCUGAUUGGCUGGCGGGGAGUCAUGGUGAGGUGCUCGCUGAAAAACAAGCUCGUCCCUUGAUGCUGAGUGGUUGACGUGUCCACCAGCGCUGUGUUCAAGAUGAUGUCAGCAACGGGCAACACCAGGUUCCUGCGCACCCCAGACCGCCACGGCUACAGCGUCAAGUUCAGUCCCUUCAACCCCAGCCUCUUGGGUGUCGCCACGGGACAAAACUUUGGCUUGACAGGAGGUGGCAGUCUGGUGCUGCUUGACCUUGGACUCCCUGGCAGUGGCCUGGUGCGCUCCUGUGAGUGGCAGGACGGCCUCUUUGACUUGGCCUGGAGUGAGCAGGACCCCCACUGUGUUGUCAGUGCUGCAGGGGACGGCUCCCUUCAGCUGUGGGACACGACCCACCCACAGGCCCCAGUGAAGGUGUUCAAGGAGCACACCCGGGAGGCCUCUUCGCUGGACUGGAGCCAGACCAGAAGUGAGCAGCUCUUUGUGUCCACCUCCUGGGAUGCCACCAUCAAGCUGUGGGACCCCAACCAUGAGAGUUCCCUGGUGACCUUCGCAGGACACGAGGCACUUGUGUACCAGGCAGCUUGGUCACCGCACCUGCCGGGAUGUGUGGCCUCCGUCUCAGGGGACAAAACGCUGAGGGUGUGGAACAUGCGGCGGGCACAGGGGGGGGCGUCCAUGGUGGUGACGGCGUGUAGGGGUGCCGGCGGUGAGGUGCUCAGCUGUGACUGGUCCAAGUACAACCAGAACCUCAUUGUCACCUCCAGCACCGACUGUAACAUAUGCGGCUGGGACCUGCGGCAACCCACACAGCCUGUCUUUGUCCUGCAGGGCCACCAGUACCCAGUGCGGCGGGUCAAGUGUUCUCCCUUCCACGAGACUCAGCUGGUAUCCGUCUCCUAUGAUUUCUCAACCAGAGUGUGGGACCACAGCUUGCCGACCCCGUGCCUGCUGGCGAUGGGGAAGCACACCGAGUUUGUCUACGGGCUCGACAUGUCCAACCACUCUGAGAACUUGAUCGCUGACUGUGCCUGGGACCAGAGUGUGGGUGUGUACAACUUGGGGAAGCUGCCUCCAAACCCCUCAGCCUCAGCCUCAGGAGGGGACAGUUUCUAAGAGGUGGUUAGGGGGGAGAUAGUCACACAAGGGAAGGGAGUUAUGACACCAGACUGACUCAUAACGGAAAGGAAGUGUACUCAUAAGAAAACAUACAUAAGAAAGAACAUAGAAGGGUUAUAGACUUCUAGGAGGUGGUUAGGAGGGAUAGUCACACAGAGGAAGGGAGUAAAGAUGCCAGACUGAACAGAAAGGAAGUGUACUCAUAAAAAAACAUACAUUAGCAAGAACAUAGAAGGGUUAUGGAAUUAGAACAGACUGGAAUGGCAAACAGAUGGGAAGGCUACACCCUUGCAUGAACUAUACAACAACUGAUAAUUAGACAGGAAGGAUGGUGUUCAUAGGACUUUAGAUACACAUAGUCUCAGCAUUACAGUAAAGUUAGACAGUAAAAGUUUGUUAAUGUGAAGAGGAGUUGUCUCACAUCCUCGGAUUUUUGGAGUUUUUUCUCUCAUCAUCUUUCUCUACCAUUACUGCUCUGCAUGAGUGAAGUUUACCCCAGCCAUGAACAGUGCAGUGCUGGGAGAGACUUUUAGCCACUUCCUAUGUUUUAUUUAGGGGUGGUAAUACCUAGUCUUUCAAUCCUAAUCAUGUAUUGUUAUGUUCUCUGUGGGGAGGAUCCUAUUCCUAUCCUAGUCUUUCAAUCCUAAUCAUGUAUUGUUAUGUUCUCUGUGGGGAGGAUCCUAUUCCUAGUUUUUUUUUUUUUUAUGUCUUCGCCUGUUGUGCAGGUAGGCCUUCCUUCAUAUGAGGGCCUGAUGGUCAGCCCCAGCCCGUUGUGGCGCUGGCAAGUGUUUAUAGUGGCACCAUCUUGCAUUGGCUCAUGCUGCCCUCCCGGAGCUCAUCUUUAAUCCUAGAAUCUAGAGUCCGGGUUGAUAGGUGGUCUUCUGGACAGCAUGUGGGUAGUUUUAAGCGACUUGGCGGCAGCUGAAAGUCCCAGCUUGUGGCACCGGGCGGGGAUUGAACUCGCGUCGUCCUGAACAUGGCGCCGUCACGCUAUCCACUCAGCCACCGCCUCCCCAUGUCAUGAAUACUGUGUCAACCUUUAACUUUUAAGAAAUGAAUGCAGCUAGAAGGGUCAUAUUGUUAAAAAGGAUACAUUGUAGUUUUGUCAUAUCCUCCAUUAGUGUUAUUACGAUCACCAGUACUUCAUUAUCAUCACUAUCAUCAUCAUUAGUAUCAUUGUACUGCCUGUGUCAACUUUUGGACUAAGAAAUUGAUGUAGCUAAAAGUAUCACAUUGUUAAAGAGUACACAUUAUAGUUUUAUCAUGUAGUAUUAUUGUCAUCAUUAUCACAAACAGUUUAUCAUCAUUAUCAUCAUCAAACAGCCACCACCACAUAACUCAGAAGUAAAUCUUGUAAUCAUCAACGAACUACGCAACCCUCCAGGCCCAUCACUUGCCAGGCCAGGUGGGUGUUGUUGAUUGCCUCACCAUCUGGCUGUGGGCCGGAUGUAGGGUUGGCAGUGAUUAUGUCAUGCUGCAGAGGCUCGGUGUACCCUAACAUCAGAUUUCCUUAAGAGUUUUAUCAGGCCUGAAUGACAAAGACUAAUGCUGCUGGUUUGUUAGUAGUAUAGGUGGGUGUUGAGACAAAGAGUAAUGCCGUAGAUUCAUCCAGUCCAGUACAAUAGUAGGCGUGGGAUUGCCUUUGUGAUGGCUCCCACUUUUUUAUUUAUUUAUUAUUUUUUUUUUUUACGUCUAUGCUUAUAACGCUGGUAGGCUUGCUUGGGGGACCUGGAUGGUAUUCGGCCUCAGCCCAUCAUGGCGUAGGCAAGUGUUUAUAGUGGCGCCAUCUUCUCUUAUGACUUAUUCUUGAUUCUUGAUUGGCGUUGUUGUGUCUUUUAGUUUUGUUCAGUUUUCUUUAUUCUUCUGUUCCAUAUUGUUGUGAUAUAGUUUUCUCUAUCUUCAAUUUCCUCCAGAGUUAUAUAAUGGUUGAAACACUAGUAUAUCGGCUAUUAACUAGUCUCAGCUUUGGUUUUCUCUGUUCUGUAUAAAGUUUUGGUUUUGUCUUAUUUCUGUAUAUUCUUCACAGUCCAGCAGAAAAUGUUCAUGAUGUGUCUGGGUGUUUAAUAUAUCUUGGUUGUGUUGUAUAAAUCAUCCCAUAUAUUUUUUCUCCAGUUCAUUCAUUCGGUCAUUCAUCUAUUCUCAUGCUACAGAAUAAUGGCUUUGUUUUAUGAUAAGUGUCUGGGUGUGUGAUGUUUUGGUUGUGUUGUAUAAAUCAUCCCAUAUAUUCUUUUUCCCAAUUCAUUCAUUCGGUCAUUCAUCUAUUCUCAUGUUACGGAAUAAUGGCUUUGUUUUAUGAUAAGUGUCUGGGUGUUUGAUAUAUCUUGGUUGUGUUGUAUAAAUCAUCCCAUAUACUUUUUUCCAAUUCAUUCAUUCAAUCAUUCAUCUACUCUCAUGUUAUAGAAAAAAUGACAUUGAUUUAUGAUACUUGUCUGGGUGUGUGAUGUUUUCGUUGUUGUAUAAAACAUCCCAUAUUUUUUUCCUAUUCAUCCAUGUAGUCAUUCAUAUAAUCCUAUUUUACUAAGUGAUUUCAAUUAACCAUAUGAAUCUAGCUUAUCAGUUACUAGUUAUAUAUAUACCAUAACUUUAUAUAGUAGCUAAUUUUAUCCAUACUUUAUACCAUAUUUUUUCCUAUUCAUCCAUGUAGUCAUUCAUAUAGUCCUAUUUUACUAAGUGAUUUCAAUUAACCAUAUGAAUUUAGCUUAUCAGUUACUAGUUAUAUAUAUACCAUAACUUUAUAUAGCAGCUAAUUUUAUCCAUACUUUAUGCCAUAUUUUUCCCUAUUCAUUCAUGUAAUCAUUUAUAUAGUUCUAUUUUACUAAGUGAUUUCAAGUAACCUUAUGAAUUUAGCUUAUCAGUUACCAGCUAUAUAUAUACCAUAACUUUAUCUAGUAGUUGAUUUUAUCCGUACUUUAUUUUAUCCAUGUAAUUUUACUAUCGUCGAGUACAAAUGUCUAUGUUCAGGUAUUACUUCGUACAUUUGCUCAAGUGUAUCCUAGCGCCCUCGUCCCGCCCAGUGUUGCCAGACUUUCGUAUUCACCACAUUGUAUUUAUCAUUUUUAAGCCUCAAACUCUCGUACCUACAGAAAUAAUGAAAGGAUAUUAAAGUUAGCGUUAAAACUGCUAUUUAUUGAUGUUUGUUUUGUUUGUUUUUGCUAUAGAUGUCAGUCAGAAACCAUGAAAAUGGAAUACGGUGUGUACGAUGAUUUGGCAACGCUGGCAGAACCUUCCCUUGUGAGGCCUUGCGAGAGUUACCUACACACACACAGUCACUUCCAACACUACCAGUCACAGAGAUUAAGUGUAUCCUCGCCCUCGCCCCGGUGACCACAAGGGAGGCUGUGCAGAAC